CUGCCCUCAGACGUCGGCCUCUCUGACGGGCCACCCAACCUGGUCUUGCUUGUAUUCCAUGGUCUUUGGGUGAACUACUUUGUUCUGUCUACUCUCGGGUCCUGCUCGGAAUGGAUAUCUUCAGGACGAAGCGAGCAUAUCGCUUUAUACCCCUCGGCGCUGCUGCCACACUCUUGCUAUGGGGCUUCGCCCGGUUUGGCGCAACCGAUCACUCAAUAUACCGCCCCGGACCUGACCAAAUCGAUGAGUUAUACCCUCCGCCACCUCCGCCUCACCACUUCCCUCCACCGUUUGGCGGCGGGCGCCCCCCGUCCGGAGGUCCUCCGCCCCACGUGCGGCCAGCCACAGUAUGGUCAGAGCGCGCUGACGCUGUGAAGGGCGCGUUUAUCCACGCAUACCGAGGCUACCAGGAGUAUGCAGGGUCACACGAUGAGCUCCUGCCCGUUUCGGAUGCGUAUGUGGACAACUUUAACGGCUGGCGUCUGACGCUCGUGGACUCUUUGGAUACCAUGCUCAUCAUGGGUUUCCAUGACGAGUUCCGCGAAACAAUACCUAUCCUCGCGAACAUGACCUUCGCUCUGCCCAAGGGGAAAUAUGCACCAUUCUUUGAAACCGUCAUUCGUUACCUUGGUGGUCUCUUGUCCGCCUAUGCCAUAUCCGGAGAGCCCAUCUUGCUUACUCGUGCAGAUGAUCUGGGCACCAUGCUAUUGCCUGCAUUCAAUACUACGCACGGGCUUCCGAUGUAUGCGGUCAAUACUGUGUCUGGGGAUACUAGGAAUGGCUGGACAGGACCGCAGAUUCUUUGGGCAGAGGCCCUCAGCUGCCAGAUGGAGUACAAAUAUCUCGCCCAUCUCACUGGUCGCCAGGAAUACUUCGACAGGGUUGAGCGCAUCAUGGAUCUCAUGAACGAAGCCAAGGUCGAGGACAACCAGUUCGCAACGAAGUGGUCUGUGACCACCGGGCACCCGUCCAACGACCACUUCUCAGUGGGCGCGUUCGCUGAUAGCGCACACGAGUACUUGCUGAAGCAAUGGCUGCUGACAGCGAAGUCUGAGACCAAAGCUCGCGACCUAUACCUCCGCGACGUCGAAGCCAUCCUCGCAAACCUCCUCUACGUCACCCCCAACCGGAACCUCCUCUACGUAACCGACACGACCUCCUCCAGCCCCAGCCACACCUUCGAGCACCUCUCGUGCUUCCUCCCAGGCCUGCUCGCGCUCGGCGCGCACACGCUCCCCCUCGCCGCACGCGACCGCGAGCGGCACCAGUGGGCCGCGCAGGGCCUCGCGUACACGUGCUGGAUCACGUACGCGGACCACGAGACCGGGCUCGGGCCCGACGAGAUGGCCAUGGCGCACACGCCCGCGGAUGCGGCGCACCCGUACCCGGGGCGCUGGGCGGAGCUCGUCGACGCGUGGGAGGCGAAGGGGCGGCCGGGGCGUGUGCCCCCCGGGUUGGCGGAGGCCCCGCCAAGGCUGGAGGGGGACCGCGACUAUCGCGCGACAAAGAUCGAUUAUAUGCUGAGGCCGGAGACCGUCGAGAGCUUCUAUAUCAUGUGGCGUACGACGGGCGACGAGGUGUGGCGGGAGCGCGGAUGGGCGGUCUUCCGCGCCAUCGAGAAGGAGGCGAAGACGAAGAGCGGGUACGCGAGCGUUGCGUCGGUGGAGAAGUCGCCUGCGCGGCUCAAGGACGAGAUGCCGAGUUUCUUCACCGCAGAGACCCUCAAGUAUCUGUAUCUCCUGUUCUCGGACGAGGAGCUCAUCCCGCUGGAUCGUUGGGUGUUCAACACCGAGGCGCACCCGCUCCCCGUGUUUGAGUGGGCAGACUGGGAGAAGAAGAAAUACGGCAUUUCAUAAGCCGGGCAUACGUCCACGCUGCGCUCUCUCACACGCACACGAGUUACUACUAAUGUGUAAACUAACGCGUACAUACUACAGCAUGCUCCUCGAAUAUAGCUUGGAUACUGAGGACG